AUGACUGAUCACGUUAAUGGCAACCCAGUCAAAAACGGGGUGUCUGGCGGAAGCUGCCCCAAAGAUAUUCCGAUGAUUAUUGGUGGUAAGGAUAUCAUGGGCUCUGAAACAUUUUCAGUAUGCAAUCCUGUCACUAAUGAGACAAUCUGGAAUGCAAGCGGAGCUUCUAUUACAGAAGCUGUCUCUGCAGUUGAAACUGCGCAGGCUGCUCUUCCGGUUUGGGCGAAAGUCAAACCACCAGCUCGCCGCGACAUCUUUCUCAAGGCAGCUGAACUAUUUGCACAACGCAAGUCAGACCUAGCAAAAUAUCAAGCACAGGAGACAGGAGCAGAUCCGAACUUUGUCGAGUGGAUCCUGAACCUAACUGUUGAUAAUCUCAAAGAGGUGGCCGGGAAAUGUUCUGCCACAGGCGGGAGUGUUGCGUUCUCAACUUUCGAAGGAAGAGAGGCACUUUAUCUGAAAGAGCCGUAUGGCGUGAUUCUUGGAAUUGCUCCAUGGAACGCUCCGUUUCCUCUCGGAUGUCGUGCUUUCUCGUACGCUCUGGCGGCAGGAAACACUUGUAUCUUAAAAGGUUCAGAGCUCUCCCCGCGUUGUUACUAUGCAAUUGUCGAUAUCUUCCGCGACGCGGGUCUUCCUGAUGGUUGCCUAAACUUGGUUUUCCACCGUCCCCAAGACGCAGCAGAGGUCACCAACACACUCAUCGCACACCCGCUGGUGAAGAAAAUCAAUUUUACUGGCAGUACAGCGGUCGGAGCCAUUAUAUCCGCAACUGCUGGACGGCACCUGAAGCCUAUCAUCACUGAACUUGGUGGAAAGGCGAGUGCGAUCAUCCUCAAAGACGCAAAUAUCAGAAAAGCAGCAGAUGCGUGUGCAGUUGGCGCGUUUCUCCACGCCGGUCAAGUCUGCAUGGCGACAGAGCGAAUCAUCGUUCACACAUCUAUCGCUGAUUCCUUUAUUGAGGCAUUCAAGGAAUCCACCACAGCUCAAUUUGGAGACGAGAGCCGGCCACAGGUCUUUGUGACGUGUGCAGGAGCGAAUAAAACUAAGUCCUUGGUCAAAUCUGCCCUUGAACACGGUGCCAAAGUUAUAUAUGGGGAUCCUCAAGAGUCUAUCACCCCAGACCUGGCUUCGACCACUAUGAAACCAAUUAUCCUUACUGAUGUGAAGAAAGGAUCAAAGCUAUAUGAGAAUGAGAGUUUUGGGCCUAGUGUCGCACUGUACACGUUUGGAACUGAGGAAGAGGCUUUGCAAAUCGCCAACGACACGGACUAUGGCCUGUCAGGGUCAAUAUUUACUGAGAACAUGGCUGCUGGGUUUCGUGUGGCUAAAGGUUACGAGUGUGGUGCGGUCCACAUCAAUUCUAUGACAAUACACGAUGAGUCGAACUUACCGCACGGUGGUGCGAAGAAGAGCGGAUCGGGGAAGUUUACUGGUCAGCCGGGCCUGGAAGAGUGGUUGCGAGGCAAGAUUGUCACUUAUGACGAGGUUUGA